UCGGUGCGUGAGCGUCGCCCGCUGUGAGCGUGACACGCGCUAAGUGGAGGGAGUGGCCGGCCAGUCGGCCGCCAGCUGUCAGCCAUGCCGGUCGCCUCCGCCAGGGACUUCUGGAGGCGCUUCGACCAGCGGCCCGCCGCCCCCGGAGACCCUCCGUCGCCCGUGUGGUCCUCGAUAUACUGCACCAUUCGAGAGCGCCGACGGAGCCGUUCAAAUUCCACUACAGGAAGGAGCAGGACGCCUUCCAGCGUAUCCAGUGGUCGCACCACCCCAUCCCCAGGUCCCAGCUUGCUCUCACCACUUAAUGGAAGAACCAUGUCUGAUGAUUCCCUUUCCCAGACUAGGAUCAACAGUCCACCAAGAUUGAUGAAUCGGGUCCCACGAAAGUACACUACAGUCUGCUGGCUGGAGCCUUGCAAUGUUCCUGUCCAUUAUUCCAGUACAGUUUUAAUAACUCUGGGUUCAACCAGGAAAAGGUACACUGAAGACAUCAGAUUUCAGACACGCCUGGCCCCAAGAAGAUUCAGUGAAUCAGUGGAAACUCCAGUCUCUCGGUAUUACAUAUCUACAAUAGAAAUACCAUGCAAUCCAUAUAAUCAUCUGUUUGAUGGGGAGCUGUUACAAGUCCCUUCUGACUCUGAAGCUUAAUUUAUAUAAUUUUUAGUACUUUAGCUUCUGAAUGAAUGUUUAAUCUAUAUAAAUGAAUAUUAUUUACAUCUAAAACAUGUAAAUAAUAAAUUCCAAAUGAGCUUCAAUAUAUAACAGAAGCAUGUUGUAUGUGCUACUCACCAAGCUUUAUACAUGAAAACUGUCCUAUUUUCUAGAAUGUUUUAGCUUCAUCCAACUUUGAAGAUUGUGUGUUCAACUGUAAUGCAGUGCAUGUGUACAGUGUUGCCAAUGCUAGCAAUUUGUUUGUGAACAGUGAAAAAUAAUAUGGAAAAAGUGUGGUGGUGAUUUCUAAAAUAAGGGAACAAGAUCAGCUGCUCAUCCAAAAUGUCUGGUGUUAAGAAAUAAAACAGAAUGUAAUGUGAAAGUAUGUCGGGCAGUAAAUGUCUUAUAGGUGAAACUAAAAGUUACAGCUCUAAAUAAAGUAUGAAUUUUGAAUAUUGAACAAAUAAUGAGCCUUCUGCCUUAGCAAGUAGUGAAAGUUAUUUCAAUAUAUAAAUUACAACAGUCAACACGCAAAGAAAAUCAUUCAAAUUUGUUUUCCCAAUUUUAACAUUAAGAAAGCAUUUAAGAG